UAGAACUUCUUAGCUCCUGGAAUGCGAGAGAGGCUCAGGGAGUUCCCGGAGUUGGGCGUAGAGGUAUCGGCCAGGAAGGCCUCGGAGCGAGACUUCUAGUUGGAGGGGGCGCCUGGAAGCUACCGGGGAGCCACUGGUGGGGACCUUUCUAGGGUCCCUUUCCCUUCGUGGGGUGCUAUGGAGUUCCCAGAACACAGCCAGCAACUGCUUCAGAGCCUCCGGGAGCAGCGGUCCCAGGGUUUCCUUUGUGACUGCACGGUGGUGGUGGGUAGCAGCCAGUUCUUGGCCCACCGGGCUGUGCUGGCCUCUUGCAGCCCAUUUUUCCAGCUUUUCUACAAAGAGAGGGAACUGGACAAGAGGGAUCUGGUGUGUAUCCACAACGAGAUUGUCACUGCCCCAGCCUUUGGGCUGCUUCUGGACUUUAUGUAUGCCGGCCAGCUGGUCCUGAGGGGGGAUACCCCUGUGGAGGAUGUCCUGGCAGCUGCCAGCUACUUGCACAUGAAUGACAUCGUCAAGGUGUGUAAGCGGCGGCUGCAAGCUCGGGCCCUGGCAGAGGCGGACAGUACCAAGAAGGAGGAGGAAGCCAACUCACAGCCCUCUAACUUGGAGUUUUUGUCCAGCACUUCCCGUGGCCCUCAGCCUUCGUUGCCAUCUGCGGAGACAUCAGGCCACUGGGGCAAAGACGAAUGGAAAGGAUCAGCUGCUCCCUCACCUACUGUCUGUCCUCCAGAUGAGCCACCUGUUCCGGCUGGGGCUGACACUACACAGCCUGGUGUGGAGGUUGACUCACUGCACCUUCGGGCACCUCCUCCACCAGUGGCUGAUGUCUCUCUUGCCAGCCCCAGUAGUUCCACAGAGACCAAUACUGCAAAUUACUUCUCUUCCGGCCUCCCAACCGUUUCAGUGGAGCCACUGGCUCCCCUUGAUGUGGCUUCUGAGAGUCUGAGGAUGGUGGAACCAAGGGAUACUGGAGGACAGUUGCAAGGCUUCUAUCCCCCAGCUUCAGCUGCAGCCCCAGUUCCAUCCCAGGCUCCAGCCCCAGCGGAAGCUGAACUGGUCCAGGUGAAAGUAGAAGCUAUUGUGAUUUCCGACGAGGAGACUGAUGUGUCAGAGGAACAGCCUCGGGGUCCUGAGGGACUGUUCCCACCUGGAGGAGCAAUGUAUGGUGGACAGCCCCCCCAGCCAGAGGCUUUUGAGGGGCCCAGGGCUGCAGGACUGGAGGAGGUGGGGCCAAGUGACCACUUCCUGCCCCCAGAUCCUCACCUACCCUACCAUUUGCUGCCAGGUCCAGGGCAGUAUCACCGAGGACUGGUGACCUCACCUCUGCCUGCUCCGCCUGCCCUACAUGAGCCACUAUACCUGCCUUCUGAGUAUGAAGCGGCCCCAGGAGGCUUUGGAGUUUUUACUGAGGAUGUGCCCACUUGCAAGACAUGUGGGAAGACCUUCUCAUGCUCUUACACAUUACGGCGCCAUGCCACCGUGCACACGCGGGAGCGACCCUACGAGUGCCGCUACUGCCUGCGCAGCUACACGCAGUCAGGGGACCUGUACCGCCACAUCCGCAAGGCUCACAAUGAGGACCUGGCCAAACGCAGCAAACCAGAUCCAGAGGCAGGCCCCCUCCUAGGAGCACAGCCCCUCCCUGGCUCGCCGACAGCAGAUAGACAGAACAACGGUGGUGGAGGGCCACCCAAAGAUUUGUACUUGGCCCCAAAAACUAACACCUGGGGAGCAUGUGCUGAUGCUAGACCUGCUCUUGCCAUUGUUAGGGGGCAGCACGGAAGGUUGGAAGCAUCUCACUUCCCCUGCUGGUGACAAAAUGAAGAUUGUGCCCAGACCGAAGUUUUCUUUUCUUUUCCCAGCCAGGUAGCAGGACUUUAUGGGGCAUUGCAUCUCAGUCACUUCCUCACCAAGGGCACUGGGAAUUUUCCUGAGGUGUAAUCACUUCUCACUCUGCAUUCUGGACCAUAAAGCUAUCAGUGAAAGUAUCUCUUUGAACUGGUGUUGGCUGGUUUCUUCCACAAACCUGCAUGCCUCCUGAUUCUUUCAUAACCUUUCCAGAUCUUUUAGGAAUCUGACAUGUGUACUUGGGGUAGAGAUGGGGGUCAGGUCGCUUAUGAGGAAAAAAGUGAGAUAGGCAGAGGGCAAUAUGGACUUUACUUAGGAAAAGUAUACAAAGUGGGGAAAUUUACACAAUUACAGUUCAUUGUUGUCGUUGAGCUCCUGUGUCCUGGGCUGUAUUGGGGACUUCACAUACUCAUUGAAUCUUCAACAACUUUAUGAGAUCUUACCCCUCUCUCCACCAUUUUUUCCCCGUAAACAAGGAAACUUGAGACUGAACAAUCAAAGUUAAUGUGUUCAAGGUCACAGAGUUAGUUAAGGGGCAAGCCAGAAUUUGAACCCUGGCUUGUGAUUUCAGACUCCACACAUCAUAUGCAGGUUUAAUACAUGGUUGAAGAUGCUUAACUGUGAAGUAGAAGUUGUUUUCUUUUUUGUCCUUCUGUUUGGCUGUGUUGCCUUCCUUCUUUACUUCUGCUUUCCACCUAGACCCGUGGUUGACUGUUUCAACAAUAGAUACUGUAUUGAUGACUGGAAAUUUUUGCCUACGUUUUGUAACUAUGAAUUGAGGUCUCUGCAGGUGACAAAUUGGAAGGCAGAAAACAUUAAGCUCUGUGGUGGCAGGUUUGGGAGGGGGAGGAGAUGGAGGGCCUGUGGAAUAGAAAUGAUAAGUGCUUGGGGAAACUAAAGCAAGAAAUUCUAGAUGAGAGAAUCUUAAGAGUUCAUCUAGUCCAGCUUCCUCACUUAAAACAUGUGAUGACAGCCUAGACAGGUCAAAUUACUCAUCUGUGGUCUGGCACGUGGCUACUGACAGGAGAGGUAGCAGAGAAUUGGGAGUUUAGGGUGUUGAGUGGCAUGGGGGUCUAAGAGAACACUCUGCCCCGUUUGUGGUGAAGCGUGGUGCUGCGGAUAGACUGGAGGGCUGUCUACAGACCCUCUCCCUUUCAGCACAUAAGGAAGAGCGUUUAAAAAAAAACAAAAAAAAGGCAGGAAGGAAAAUUUAGAAAGGUGAGAAUAUGAGUGAAUUUUCUGAAUUUCUUCUCUAUUUGGAUGUCACAUUCAGCACUGUGAACUCUAACACGCUACUGAUUGAGUCAUAGGAAGGAGACGAGCUGAGCAUCGAAGAUUGGGACAAAGAAAGCUCCUCACCUGGGGCAUUAUGGGAAGCAAAAGUUGAUGCUUAACAUUUUCAUGGCUGAGCGAGUGAAUUCUAUGCCUUUCAUUUUCCUUGUGUGGGAAUAACCUUUCAUCUUUCAAAUGGAUGAUUUUACUUUUGCAAAUACAUCACUGCCUUAACUCUUUGGUGAAACAAGGCAAGAUGUACAUAAAUGCAAUACGAGCAACUUUUCCAAUCCUUCCUAGAAUAAAUAUCAAAUCAAACGCCUAUAAAAAAAAUCAAAAUGCCUUUAAGAAUCAGUUGCCUUUAAAAGAGUGAAUUUUAUGGUAUUUGAGUUAUAUAUCAAUU